GGGUGGGCGGGGAGAGAUUUGAAAUUUGUAGGGUGGGAAGAGUGACGAGAAGAGACGAUGAACAUGAUAGAAGCAAGCAAUCGAAUCGCAGAGAUUCGAAAGCUUUGCAAUGAUAUUGACGACGAAUUCAACCCUUUGGAUUUGGAUGCCCACAACUUUGCUCUUCAUCUUCAGAACGCACUGCAGCAGAUUGUAUCCGACUUCCCUUCAUCGGGAAUUCAAGAUGCUUACCUACUCCAAUUGAAAGAGGAGCUUAACAACGCCCACCUUCAAACAGCCCAUGCACAAAACCAGAUUCAGCUUCUAGCCCAAACUCACAUCGAUGAUUCUAUUCUCUUGGAGGCCAAACUUGAAGAACUGGAAUCUUCUUUUCAAUAUAUUACAUUAAAGGAACAGAUCACAGCUGAGGCUACUCAAGGUGUUGAUUCCCCAAUUCUGGCAGAUGAUUGUUCAAAUUUGAGUGUUGCGAAUCUAGGCGAGAAUUUAGAGCAAUUCGAACUUGAUAAUAAGAUUGAUGAAAUGAAGUUGAUUCUGAAGUCUCUGCAGAAUCUUCAGUUUCAGGUCAAAUUGUUUGAAGUUAUAGAGCAGAUUGAGGAUGAAUUCACAGGUCUAAAAGUGCUUGCAUUUGAUGAGAAUUGCAUUAGGUUGUCAUUGCAGACUUAUAUGCCAACAUUUGAGGGCAUUUCCUACCUACAGAGCGUUGAAGAUACCAUUGAUGCGGCUGAGCUCCAUCAUGAGUUAUUAAUUGAAGUUUUUGAGGGGACUAUGAAGUUAAAGAAUGUUCAGGUUUUUCCAAAUGAUAUAUAUAUGAACGACAUUGUUGAUACUGUAAAGUCUGUCAGCAAGUCCUCGUUGCAGUGGUUUAUACAGAAAGUGCAAGAUAGAAUUAUACUGAGCACAGUUAGGCAUCUUGUAGUAAAGGAUGCUAAUAAAUCACGAUAUUCGCUUGAAUACUUGGACAAAGAUGAGACCAUUGUGGCUCAUAUGGCUGGAGGAAUUGAUGCGUACAUAAGGUUGUCUCAUGGUUGGCCUAUAUUUGAUUCUCCAUUGAAGCUGAUAUGUAUAAAGGGAUCAGAUGAUUUGAAGAGAACAUCUCUAAGUUUUCAUUGCAAAGUUGAGAAGUUGGCUAAUUCUUUAGAUGCUCAUAUUCGGCAAAAUAUAUCAAGUUUCGUCGAUGCAGUUGAAAAAGUGCUUAUAGAACAGUUGCAGCAUGAUCUUCGUGUCGGUGAUAGUUCAGGCUAAGGUUACUUGUAGAGAUACCUCUAGAACUUUUGUAUGUGGUUAAAAUUCUGCAUCACGUCAUGAAACUCGUUUUCUACCGGAUAAAAUAAAUGUAAUGAACGUCUUGUAAAGAUGCCUUUCUGCAUUCUAGACAUGAAACUGUCGUGCUAAAUAGGUAUAUCCGACAUUUGAAUGGUCUGAAACAGCUGAUAUAUUGAAUAUUGUAUUGGAAUUGAAAAAUUAACAGUAUUCCUCUAUAUCGUAAUAAACUCGGAAAAAUUUAUGUCUA